AUGGGUGUGUUGAGAGUUACUGAUCCGAGACCCGUGAGAGCUGAUAAUGAGCAACAUAUUACAUAUGAAGAUUACAUAUUCGACGACGAAGUAGAAACGAAUGAUGAUACAGCAGUUGUUGACAGCGAUUCUAAUGACGAACAUAAUCCUGUUCCAACAACCACAACACAUCGCAGAAGACGUCAUAAAGUUGAUGAUCGAUCUCAAAGAAGAUUUGGACGUUUUCUUGAAUUGGAUUAUCCGAAUAUGCAAAUUAAAAGUAAACGAAAAUCGAUGGGUGCACGCAAAUUGAGACGACUUGAAAAUGCAAGACUAAUUUAUGCACUAGUGGAUCCAGAUGAUAUUUGUGAGGACUAUUCAGAUAUAUUGCCAUCAACAAUAACGAAUUUCACGAAGCUUUUCAUGGAACAACAAAACAUGAGAGCAUGGAAUGAAUUCGUUGAAAAAGAUGAAGAAGAGCAACGUUCAUUCUUAGAAAGAGGCAGAUUUCGUGAUCGGAAUAUUGCCAAUAAUGAUGAGACUGUUAACGAUAACAAGAGCGGUUUGAAUGCUAUUCAAGGACAUCGUUUGGGCACUUCAAGAAAUGCUCAGAAUCGAGUGAGACUGAAGAGUUUCGGUGGCGGCUCAAUUCACCAACAAGACGGCCCAUCGAAACGACAUCGGCCGGUAUAUUCAGCAACCGAAUGCUUCUUGCGAAUGGAGACACGCUUUCAAACGAUUUUCUUGCAGAAACGAUUACCAUGGUCAUUUAUAAAAUCAAUCGAAGAGCAAUUACGAGCUCAUUUCGAGGAACCGUCAUCCGAACGAACGAACUGGUUUUCGGAUGUGAUCACCUCUGCAUGGUAUCGUCUGUUGGUCCACGGAAUAUCGCAGUAUUUAUCACUUCAAUCCACCAGUAUAAAGAAAGAGGAUGAAGGUGGUGUUGAUAAGGAUGAUAAAAAACUGGUAAAAGUCAACAACCCGCGUCCAUUCUUCAUACCACCCCACAAGAACAUCGUUGAAUUCGUUCAUGAAGUUCGUAAAAACAAACGUGUAGACGACUGGUAUGAUGAUUGA